AUGUAAAAAUCUACUAUUUAUAUUCUUCAUUUUAAUGAUGUCUAUGAUAUUGAAGAGUAAUUACAUGAACCAAAAGGAGGAGCGGCCAGAUUCUUAUAUGUUAUGAAUUAACUUAAAUAAAAUUUACCAAACUCCUUAACCUUAUUUUCUGGAGAUGUCUUUAGUCCAUCCAGUUUGACACAUAUUUAUCAUGGUAUCAUAUUUUAACUAAAAUAGGUUCCCACAUCAUAUACCCACUACAAUAAUUUAAAAUUGAUGUGGCAUGUCUUGGUAAUCAUGACUUUGAUUUUCCAUUAGAUCAGUUAGAAGAUUUGCUACAAUAAUCCAAUACAACAUGGAUAUUGAGUAAUGUUUAUGAUAAAUUCACUCAAAAACCUUUAGCUAAUGUACUUCCAUAUAAAAUUUAAUCAUUUGGGAAUUACAAAAUUGGAUUUAUUGGAUUAGCUGAAGAAGAAUGGUUAGGUUUAAUAACUGAUAUUCCUGCAACUCAAAUAGAAUACAGAAAUUUUAUUGAUGCUGCUAAUGAGCUUUGUAAAUACCUUAGGAACGAGCUUGAAUGUAAUUUCAUUAUUGCCUUGACUCAUAUGAGAAUUCCUAAUGAUCAAAUUUUAAUUAAUACUAUAGAAGAAGGAUUAAUAGAUCUAGUGUUGGGAGGACAUGAUCAUCUAUGGCAUCAUGAAUAAAUAAAACAGACAUUUUAUUGUAAAAGUGGAACCAACUUCAGAAAUAUAGGAUUAAUUAAAGUUUCUCCAAAAGAUAACGAUGAUUUAUUUUUGCCUCAAACAUUAAAUUUAUAAUUUGAAGUUCCAUAGCCAAUACAAUAUUAACUUUAAAAAUUUAAUAUUAGUUAUUAUCCGAUUAAUAUUAAUAGUUAAAUUCCAGUUGACCCAAUUAUGGAUGAAUUUGUUUAAUAAAAAAUUAAAGUUUACAACGAAAGUAUUGAUAUCGAUAAAUUAGAAACUUAAAAAACAAUUGGUUUUAUAGCAAAUGAUCUUGAAGCUAGAUUUAUGAUUGUAAGAAGUGUAGAGACAACAACAGCUAAUUUAUUUUCAGAUAUAAUAAGAUUAGAAUUUUAAACUGACAUAGGUUUUAUAUUAAAAUAUAAUAGCGAUAUUAAAUUGUGGUACUGUUCGAGCUGAUGAGUAUUUUUCGUCAGGCCCUAUUACAUAUCAGACUUUAGAUAAAUUAUUUGCAAUACCAGAUAAUCUUGUAAGCUUUAGAAUUUCAGGAGAACAAUUAUUAAAUGUACUUGAGAUUAGGUAAAAAUUAUUUUAUUCAUUUAGUGUAUCCAAACUUCCUUCAACUGAUGGAAGAUUUUUAGGGGUUUCUGGAAUGAAAUUUGAGUAUUCGCUUAAGAAAAAUCCAAUGAAUAGGAUUUCUGCUGUUACAAUUAACAAUGAACCAUUAGAUUUAUAAAAAAUAUAUACUUGUGCUACUAAACAAUUUAUAGCUGAAGGAGGUGAUGGAUAUCCAAUCCAAACUUAAUUCCUAAUUGAUAAGACUUUAGGAAUUUAAAUAAAAUCUGUCUUUGUUUAAUUUUUUGAAGGCAUUAGAAAAUUAAAAGUAAAGAUUAAUACUCUGGAGGAUUUAGAAUAAACAAAAUAUAAAAGAUAUCUAUCUAUAAUAUCAGGAUUAACAGAAUAUUAAGGAGAUAAAUAUAUAACAGUGAAUCCAUAAAUUGAAGGUAGAAUUAAAGUAUUUAAUUGA